CAGGCGAGUUCAACUUUAGACUCGUAUCUGGCUAAUAGUAGAAUUCCUGGCACGCGUAGCCUAGCCUGGGCGAUAUAGAGCAAGAAAUAAAGCAAGGAAUAAAGGACAAAGGUUCCGCUUCGUCCCGCUACCCACUUUCCCUCGCUUCCCGCUUUUCACUUUCCCUCGCUCCCACUUCCCGUUUUUCCCUCGCUUCCCGCUUCCCGCUUUCCGCGAUUCCCGCUUAUCGUUUUCUCGCUUUCCCGCGUCUCCCGCUUCCCGCUUUCCGUGGCUUCCACCUCCCGCUUUCCCUUGCUUACAGCUUGCUGCUUUCCCGCGCUUCUCGCUUCCCGCUUUCCCGCACUUCCUGCUUCCUGCUUUCCCUCGCUUCCCGCUUCCAGCUUCCCGUUUCCCGCUUCCCGCGCGUUCCCACGCUUCCUGCUGACCCUCGCUUUCAGCUUCUCGCGUUCCCUCGCUUUUCGCUUCCCGCCUCCCACUGACCCCCGCUUCCCGUUUUCCUCCCUUCCCCCUGCUUCCCGCUUUCCCUCUCUUCCCGCUUUUGGGAGCUUCGUGAGGAGUGAGAGCAAGGAAGGGGUGGAGGCGAAGCAGCAGGGAAGAGAGCGAGGCUCACCUCCGGAGGGAGAGCAGGGGAGGGGGAAAGGAGAGUCGAAGAUGUUGGAGCCAAUAGUCCAGAGUGCCAGCACCAGAAUUCUGGGCCUAGUAGUCAUAUACCGCUUACUAUAUCAAUGUGUAGGGAAGAGUGUAGGGAAGAGCAUGGGAGGGAUCGAGGUAACACUUGCGAUUUUUGCCUUGAAGAUAGAGUCAUUUGCGAGCUGCAGAGCUUAUUGCUACGAAUUCUGCUUCGGCUGAUGAAAGUGCGUUGACUUCCUG